AUGGCCGUGAAUGAUCAACCGGAAUCCAUUGGAGCACAGCCACAACAGCAAUCAGCCACGCGUUUGCAUCAAAUGAAGGAAGAAGUUGAGAUGCAACAAUUACAAAUGCAACAACUUCAGCAGCAACAGCAAUAUCAUCUCCAGCAACAGGCACAGAUGCAGCAAUUACAACAUCAGCAAGUACAACUCCAGCAACAACAACAGCAACAGCUACAACAACAACAACAACAGCAACAGUCUUUGCAGUAUUCACAAGAAAUUAGCACACCAUCGGGCACGUUGGGUCAAAGUGCAACGGCCAACAAUCUCGUGUCAGUGGCCGUACAGGCAGCAACAAAUGCGGCAAACGUAGCAGCUACAGCAGGAGGUGCCACUGCUGGUGGUGGUUACGCAUUUCCUCGCAAUUCACCGGAAUUUGCUUGCGAAAAUGUCGGAGAACGUGUAAAAGGAAAACGGCGAAAAUAUUGUCCACACGAAGUGACGGCGCUAGUGUUAGGAGUACAGCGAUAUGCAGAUGAUAGUUGCCCUUGGAGCUCUAUUCUUCGAGAUCCACACCUAGGUCAUUUGUUUCAUGGUCGCAGCGGAGUGGACUUGAAGGAUAAAUGGAGGACGCUUAUUAAAACUCGACCGGAACUUGCAGCGUAUACGGAAAACCGCAAAAAUCACCGCAAGUAUCGGCCAUUUUCAGCAGCUGAAGAGCGAGCAUUGCUGGAAGGUGUCAAGAAAUACAAUGGACAGAGGAAUGUGUGGUCGCUUAUUUUGAUAGAUAAGGAGCUGGGCCUACAGUUCAAUGAUAGAUCCAAUGUGCAGCUUAAGGACAAAUUUCGGACCAUGCGACGGGCAGGAACGACAUCGUCCUUGUUGGUUAGCGGCGGUGGUGGAAAUGCAACAAGCCGGCGUACUGCAGCUGCACCUACGCCGACAUCGAACAGUGGGACGCUUACUGGGACAUCUACUUUAGCGAUUGAAACGGCCUCAAGGACGCUAGUACCUACUUCGACUACAGAUUUGGCAGCGGCGGUAUCAGCGGCAGUUAAUGGAAACAGCAGAACAUUGACGGCGGUGACUUCGGCAAGUCAACAGGCUGCUACGUUAUUAGUACAAAAUAGCAAUGCUGCGUCAGCCAUGUUUGGUGACCCGAACUUAUACUUGGCCGGAUCGUUUUCAAUGCCGCCUCAUAUGUCUCAAGGCAUGAAUAUGCAGCAAAUGGCAACGACACAGUCGAGGCAGCAAACAGCUCAGGUUCAUGCACAGGCACAUGCUCAGGCUCAAGCGAUUGCGAACGCUCAGGCUCGUGCAGCUCAGAUACAGCUUGAAGCACAAAUGCGUCAAAUUCGUGCGCAUGGCGGCCAGCAGCAAGUGAAUAUCAAGCAACAAUAUCAGGCAUUAAGUGCCCACAACAACGCGUUUAGUGCCGGUAUUCCUGGCUACCAGAUCUUCGGCAACCAGAUUGUUCCACAGCAAGCAAUAUAUUACCAAAACGCCCAGUCUCAACAGCAAGCACAUCUUCAGCAGCAACAGCUUCAACAACAGAUUCAGCAACGGCAACUUCCGCAGCAGCAGCAGCAGCAACAACAACAACAACAACAACAACAGCUAGCUGCCGCAAUUGCUGCAGCUUCGAACAACUCGCAUCAGCAACAACAGCAGCAGAAGUCGCAGACGGCAAGUGCAGGUCACGCCAGUGGAACAUCACGAGCGAAGUUGUUUUACUUUGGCUACAAGAAGCGUAUUCACCGUUUUUCAAUGGCCGUCAGGUGCAGAAACUCAAUCCGCGCACUAUUUAGUGGAGAGACUUACUCGACACUAUAG